AUGCCAGAAGAGACGGAACAACGAGGCGAUCGCCGGCUACAUAAACUCGAAUCAAGAAAUGUCGGCGUGGCUUUGGGAAACGGUGCAAUUCGGGGCUCUUUGGACUCGACUAUCUUGGUCAAACUGCGAAAUCUCAGUGGUACUGGAAAUGCUAACUGGUGUCUCUUCUCUCGUCAGGUCAACGUUCCCAAGACCCGCCGCACCUACUGCAAGGGCAAGACCUGCAAAAAGCACACUCAACACAAAGUCACACAGUACAAGGCCGGCAAAGCCUCGCUGUUCGCGCAAGGAAAGCGUCGAUAUGACCGCAAGCAGUCCGGUUACGGUGGUCAAACGAAGCCCGUGUUCCACAAGAAGGCCAAGACAACCAAGAAAGUGGUGCUGAGAUUGGAGUGCACAGUAUGCAAGACCAAGGCACAAUUAUCGCUGAAGCGAUGCAAGCACUUCGAGUUGGGGUACGGCUACAAUGGUAUUCCUACAUAA